AUGGUAGUAUGCAUGUGUUUUGUACAGGAUGAUUCUGAAACUGUUGCAAUGAUCAAGGAAUUGUUGGAGACUCGUAUUCAUAUCCGACUGUUCAAGAUGAUGGUGGAGACAUUGAAUAUCGAGGAUUUGAUCCAGAAGGAUACUGGAAUAGUAAAACUUAAGAUGCAAGGAGCAUGUAGUGGGUGCCCAAGCUCUUCGGUGACUUUGAAAUCCGGCAUUGAAAAUAUGUUGAUGCAUUAUGUACCUGAGCUUUUGGAGAGUAAGAUACAGGAGGCGAGAUCAAAGAAGGAUACUCUAAAAGCAAGAGCUCAAUCUGCAAAGUUUGUCCAAACCAUUUUCUGA